CAUGUGUUGGUUCCUUGAAAGACCACUUUCUCCAAUACCAUGUAGCAUAAAUGACAUUUAGGAAUAAGAAGACAGUGACAUCUAGUGGACUAAUAGCGAAGAGCUAAGUAUGUACUCUGUUAUAAGAUGCUUCUGUACAGACAUUAAAAUAAAAAUAAACUUUACAAACACCUUUGUUGCAUUUAAAAACACUCCUGCUCUUCUGUUCAAAGAUGUUUGACUUGGGACAGGAUGUUGUAUGCUGUGAGGCCUGAGUGGAUGUAGAUGAGUAUGGGAGGAGAUAAGAGGAUGAAUGAGAAAAGAGACGAGAGAUGAGGAGAGGGGCAGAAGAAGAGAGGCAGGGCAGGAGACAUUAAGGCUGCAACGUCGACAGAAGAGAAUAGAGAACAACCGUGAAGCCAAUUCGCUUAACGUGGUCUGCAUCAUGUGAGCAGAGUCGUGAGGAAAGACCCACCGAAGCUGACCGUAGCUGGCACCUGGUUUGUCUUGUCGAGAAGAAAACGACCCGAGGCCGCGGGGCAUUGACCAGAGACCGGGAGCCUCUCAGCGGCUACAGACAGAAGCAGUCUCCGUCUGUUAGCGCCCUAACUCCGAGGACAUGAGUGCAGAUGUGGCGGUGUCUCUGGUCUUGCUGGCCGGGAUCGUCGGGCUCAGUGAAGCGUUCCGCAGACUAAUAAUCAGGGCGCUGCCGGGCUCCGAACUCAGUAUUUACGUGAUGGAGUUUGUCUCCACCCUUCAGCUGUGCUGCUGCACGCAUGAGCUCAAGAUGUUGGCUGAGGUGGGUGGUAUCGAACCCCGACUGGCUAUCACGUUAACAUACCUGGCCGCCGUGGUGCACGGACUUACCUUCAGCGGGGCCAUCGGUAACCCUUCCAGCACCUUGGAACAAGCGUAUCACUCCAGGAUCACGGGCGGUUGCGCACUGCGGCGGAUCGUGUGUCAAUUCGCCGCAGCCGCCGCCGCUCGGACCGUGGUGCCGCUCAUCUGGAGCUUGGGUUUAUCUGGACUGCACCUGCGACACAAGAUGCUCGGUUUCCAGUGCGUCAGUCCCAUUCAUGCAGCGCUACCGCAGGCUGCGGCCGUGGAGAUGGCGUGCGCGUUUACCGUUCAGACCGCUGUCACGCACACGCAUUCGAUGGAGGAGAAGUACCGCGUGAUUGCCGUGGCUGGAGUCAUCGCAUCUGUGGUUUAUGCUGGUGGCAGCACCACAGGAGCCGUGUUUAACCCAGCCCUGGCCUUCUCCACACAGUUCCGCUGCAGUGGAAACUCCUUCUGGGAGUACUGCCUCGUGUACUGGUUGGGUCCUCUGUUGGGUAUGAUGAUCUCAGUGCUGCUGUUUGACAAACUCUUCCCAAUGUGGGCCAGAAAACCAUCAACUCUCCAUCGAUCUACAGAAACCAAGAAGAGCACAUGAGCACGGCAGCACAUGUCAGUAAUGUAGCACACGACUGCAGUACACUGAGAACAUGACAGGGGCCUCAGAUGACUGUAUUUACAACAACACUAAUAUGCAACGUUACUUCAAGGACACUUAAACCUUAAAGAUUCUUUUCUAACCCUGGACACGAGCACACUAAGAAUUGACACUACAUUCUGUAUGACGUAAACAAAGUGUUUGAGAAUAGUCUGAGGCUGAGUGGUCUUUGGAUCAACUGUCACAAACGCAACAGCUGUGUAGUUUAGUUUAAUACUUUUGCAUUUUUCAAAUAACCUUGAGGGAUGUUUUGAAAAUGUUAACAUUUUCUUCUUGUUUCUUCUGUCAGUCACUAAAGACAUUUAAAGCUCAGCACUGUAAUU